UCAUGGACAGUUUCGUAUCUAGUUUAGUGAACCCUCUAUGAAAGAUGUCGUUUCUUCUCCAAACAAUUGCCACAUAUCUUCACACUGAAUCAUGUCGUACACUCGGGUAGGUGUCGUGACUGGCGCGAACAAGGGCAUCGGAUUCGCGAUAGUUCGAAACCUUGCCCUACAGUAUCCGAACUCUCCUCUCAACAAUGGGCCGCUCUUGAUAUACCUCACGGCACGAGAUAGCAGCAGGGGGCAAGAAGCGUUGCGACGCCUGCAAGACGAUAGCCAGCUCAAGCAGGCGAAAGCCCUCACUAGAGAUGGGGGACUAGCAGAGAUCAAGUAUCAUGCCCUCGACAUUGCCCACUCCACGAGUAUCGCGAGCUUCGCAGAAUACCUGAAGAACACGCAUGGGGAUGGGGUUGACUUUGUUAUCAACAACGCCGCAAUAGCGAUGCAAGGAUUUGAUGCCAACGUCGUCAAAACAACCCUCGGAUGCAAUUAUUAUGGCACUCUCGAAGCCUCGAGUACUUUCCUUCCUCGACUAAAGGAGUCUGGACGCCUAGUAAAUCUGGCCAGUAUGUCUGGGCGCUUGAGCCAAUACUCAGACGGAAUUCGGGACGAGUUCCUGGCAUCGAAGACAGUAUCGGAUGUGACAAAGUUGAUGGAAGCAUUCGCAUCAGCAGUCGAGGCUGGAAAUGAGAAGAAGCAAGGAUGGCCUAGCGCUGCAUAUGCCGUCUCUAAAUCCGGGGUCAUUAGUAUGACAAGAGCUGUCGCUGCCGCUGAGAAGGCGAAAGGAAGCAAGGUGCUGAUCAACUCCUGCUGUCCCGGAUGGGUCCAGACAGAUAUGACGAAGGGUAGAGGGGCUAAGACGCCAGAUGAGGGUGCACAAACGGCUGUGAUGCUUGCUUUGGAAGAUAUCAUGCAACGCACUGGCCUCUUCUGGCAAAAUGAACGACCGAUUCACUGGUAACAACGUCAGCCAGUUCUAGUUCUUGCUAAGGUUGGUGAACAUCUAUCCCAAUGACACUAGACCCGCGUUGGCUCAGAGUCACUUGACAGCGAUGGAUGAAGAGAUAAAUGUCCAUUAAAAUGUCUUCUCCCAAAUUCGAUUACGUCGAUGAAUGCCAUCAGCUCACCCGUCCACGCGAGGCGGGAAAAAAGUGGCACACUUAAGCAUUUCAAUACCGUCUAAGGUGGCCCGGUGAGCUAUCAGACAUGCCAGAACUAGUAUUCUACGAAUAACAAUAACAUACCAGCGGACCUCAAGCAGUGUUAAGCAAGCGU